ACUUCAAGCGAACAGUCCGCUGGCAAGCCCCACCACCGUUGGGUCUAUCAACGAUGAUUUCGCUGCUGCUAGUAAUACCGUACCGUUACCGCGACCGCAGUUAUACCACCGUGAUAACAAAACAUUUUGGUAACGCAAAAUCGUAAUUUUAUUAAGGAAUUGUUUUUGUUGUCGUUUUAAUUCGAUUGCGAUUAAUAUUUUCAAUGUAAUCGUUAGUUUUUCGAGUAAUUUUUUUUUUGAAAAAUAAAAACCAAACGAAAAUUUGAUGAUUUGCGUGUAGUGAUCAUUCGCGUUUAUAGGCUAACUUUAAAAUACGUGAAAAACAUUUAAAUCAAUCGAUGUUAAUUUUUUGAUAAUAUAAAGUAAUAAACUUAGUGUACUGAUUCAUUUACAUAAGUGUCAUUUUAAAAAUUGACAAAAAAGUCUUCAAACAUCAUGCAAAUGUGAAUUUAAUCACCUUAUCAAAAACAAUCAAAUUUCAACAUAAUGGCUUCAAAGUUAGCUAUGUCGUCAGUUAUAUUUCUGACGUGCAUAGUAUGUUACUACAAUAGUUUGUACUGUGAUUUUGUAUUUGAUGAUAUCAGUGCAAUCAAAGACAAUCGAGAUUUGAAACCACAAACUCCUAUUUGGAAUUUGUUUUAUAAUGACUUUUGGGGCACGCCUAUGCAUAAGGAACAAAGUCAUAAGUCUUACAGACCUUUGACCGUUCUUACAUUUAGGUGGAACUAUAUGAUCCAUCAAUUAGAUCCUAUGGGAUACCAUUUGGUGAACAUAUUACUUCACGCAAUAACCAGCGUGCUCUAUUAUAGUGUUUGUCACACUAUACUGGCAUCUGAAUUUACCAGUUUUAUGGCUGCUAUACUCUUCGCUAUACAUCCAAUACACACCGAAGCCGUAACGGGUGUUGUUGGACGAGCAGAAACGUUAUCUUCAGUAUUCUAUUUGUCCACGUAUCUUUUAUACGUUGAAGCAUCAAAAAGAAAAAAAUACCCAGGAUGGAAACAUUUGAUGUUAUCGGUAGUAUUUUUGGGCAUAGCUAUGCUAUGCAAAGAACAAGGAAUCACAGUUGCUGGAGUCUGUGCUCUCUAUGAAAUUUUCGUUGCUCAGAAAAUAAGACCCAAAGACUUGCUGAACUCGUUCAAACUGUCCGUAGCAUCGAACAACUCGCCCAGUAGUUCGCCAAAAACCACAGCUAACAGCAACAACAACAACAACGGUAGCUUAUUACAAGCCAUCCCCGCCGACGCUGUCAAGAGACUUGCUUUCCUUUUCCUGUCGACGUGCAUACUGCUAGCGUUUCGAUUGAAAAUUAUGGGCUCCAAAUUGCCCGUCUUCACCAGGUUUGACAACCCAGCUAGCGUAUCCGAAUGGCCUGCUCGGCAACUUACAUACAAUUACCUAGUUAGUGUGAAUGCAUUGCUACUUUUAUUCCCCUGUGACUUGUGUUGCGACUGGACUAUGGGCACCAUACCUUUGGUCGAAUCCGCUUCAGAUCCCAGAAACCUGGCCACGUUGUUUACAUACGCCGUAGUCGCUGCACUCGUGUACACGGCGAUCACCACCACAAAUAGGAUCAAGCGCAUCGUCAUCAUCAUGAGUCUGGCGUUAACUGUUCUACCGUUUUUGCCGGCGUCCAACAUGUUUUUUCCAGUAGGUUUUGUCGUGGCUGAACGAGUCCUUUACAUGCCUUCAAUGGGAUUCUGCAUGUUAGUCGCGUAUGGCAUUGGGUUGAUCGUAGAAAGAAGUAAAUCUAGAACCGUUGGUGUGCUUAUUGCUUUAUUGAUGAUAACACACAUUGUAAAAACAUAUACAAGAAACUGGGAUUGGUCGUCCGAGUAUGCAAUAUUCACUUCUGGUCUUAAAGUGAAUAAGUUGAAUGCUAAACUUUACAACAAUGUAGGUCAUGCUUUAGAAGCUGAAAACCGUUUCAACGAAGCUCUUGUAUACUUCAAUAAAGCUGUCAGUGUUCAACAUGAUGAUAUUGGAGCUCACAUAAAUGUAGGCCGCACUUACAAUCAUUUGAAAAUGUAUAAAGAGGCAGAAGAAGCAUACUUAAAGGCUAAAUCAUUACUCCCUAAAGCCAAGCCUGGUGAAUCUUAUCAAGCCAGAAUAGCACCUAAUCAUCUCAAUGUCUUAUUAAACUUGGCUAAUCUAAUUGCCAAAAAUCAGACACGCUUAGAAGAGGCAGACAUGCUCUACAGGCAGGCUAUUAGCAUGCGAUCUGAUUAUACACAAGCUUAUAUCAACCGCGGUGACGUAUUGCUCAAGCUUAACAGAACUAAAGAAGCACAAGAAGUAUAUGAAAGGGCAUUGUUUUAUGACACAGAUAAUCCUGACAUUUACUACAAUUUAGGUGUAGUUCUUUUGGAACAGGGUAAACCUUCUCAAGCAUUAGCUUAUUUAGAUAAAGCAUUGGAAUUCGAUCCAGAUCAUGAACAAGCUUUACUAAAUUCAGCUAUAUUAUUACAAGAGUUAGGACAAGCUAGCUUAAGAAAAUUAGCUGAGAAAAGACUGCUAAGACUUUUGUCAAAUGGUCAAAAAAAUGAACGGGUUUUCUUUAAUUUGGGAAUGCUAGCCAUGGAUGAAGGAGAUAUAUCUGCAGCUGAACACUGGUUCAGGCAAGCAAUAUUAAUAAAAGAAGAUUUUCGUGCAGCACUUUUCAAUCUGGCUUUAUUGCUAGCUGAUGACCACAGACCUUUACAGGCUGCACCAUUUCUAAAUCAACUUGUAAGAUUUCAUCCAGAUCAUGUUAAAGCCUUAAUAUUAUUAGGUGACAUUUAUAUAAAUAACAUUAAAGAUUUGGAUGCAGCUGAAAAUUGUUAUAAGAGAAUACUACAGCUUGAACCAGACAAUACCCAAGGUAUGCAUAACUUAUGUGUAGUAUAUGUAGAACGGGGGUUAUUAAGAGAAGCUGAACUAUGUCUACAAAAGGCUCAUCUUAUGGCACCACAUGAAGAUUAUAUUGUCAAACAUCUGAAAAUAGUGCAAAAUCGUUUACAGGCAAAACAAACUUCAGAAGAAGUUAAUGAAAGUCGACCGGAUUCCAAAGAUGUGCGUAAAACAGAAAAAGAUACUACACGACCUGAUCCUAAUCUAAAAUCAACUAAGCCUUCUACUUUGUCAUUAUCAUAAAUUUAGCCUGUCUAAUUUAUAUAAGGCUCAGUAAUAAUAUAAAUAAACAUGUAUACUCAUGUUUGUAUGAAUUAUACUAAAAAUAGUAUUACAAAAAUACUAAAAAGUCAUACAAAAAUAAAGAGUGUAAAUGACACAUGUUUUUUUGAGGAUGACUAUUAUUAUUUUUGAGCUCUAUUUGUCAUAUUUAUUCAAAAAACAUACGUUUUAUACUUAACACCUACUCGCUCUAUAUAUGUUUUUCUAUAUUUUAUGUCAUAGAGUAUUAAUUUGUGUGCUAAAUUGCUAAAUCAUUGUUAAUAUAUCUAUAUAUUAAUUGAAACUAUUUCAUAGUUUUCAUAUAUAUGUAUAUAUAUAUAUAUAUAAGGUACCUAUUUUAAAGUAAUUAAUAAAUGAUUUUUUUAAGUGAACAAGUCAUGGUGCUACUUUUCUAGAGCCAUCAUGAAAUUACAAUAAUACUACAUUUGAUUUUCUUUAUAGUAUAUAGAUUUAUCUUUUAAAUUAUAAGAUGUAUUUUUGUCUCAAAGGUUUAUUUUGAAUAGUUAAAAGAAAAACUAAAUUUGUAAAAAAAAAAAAAAAAACCGUGCUGUGAUGUAUUUAAUAGUAAGUUCAAUGAUUCUGUACUAUCAUUAACUAAUGAGUUAGCACAUUACAAAAUGUUGUAUUUGCUUGACUUAUAUAAAAAUGUGAAAUUACUAUGUGUAACUUGCUAGUAUUAUUAUAUUGAUCAUUGACAUUCCUUAACAAUAGUACUUAAUAUUUUAUUGAAAAUACGUUAAUUGUCCGACAUUAAUUACUUAAUUGAUUAAGAUGCUACUGAACAAGUUUUAUUUACUUAACUAAAUUUCUA